AUGAACUCUUCAACGCUCAUCAUCCAGAUGCAACCGCCAACACAACCAACACCUGUUACGACAAAUGCUCCUGUUUAUGUACAACAGGUGGCGGGAGUUUCACCUCUUCAUGGACUUCAGGCAUUUCUGAAAGGCCAGCCGAAAGCCCUUGGGACGGUCCAGAUAAUGAUCGGUCUGCUGACUCUCCUGUUAGGCAUUGUGUCUACAGUUCAUGCAGAUCUUAUCUUUGUCUAUAGUGGACUUCCUUACUGGGGAUCUGUCAUCUACAUUACCGCAGGCUCACUCUGCAUUGCUGCCGAAAAUAAAAUUAAUUCACCCUCCAGUUUGUGUUUGGUGAAUGCUUCACUUGGAAUGAACAUUUUCAGUACUAUAACCGCCGGCAUUGCCAUUAUUUUAAUUUCUCUGGAUUUGGUUAUAGGGCCACACAUUUACUGCUACCAUUAUGACUGUUCCUAUAUAGGAAAUUAUAAGACUCUCUUCGGGGGAAUCAGAGGUGUGUUGCUGUUAUUCGCCUUGCUUGAGUUUAUCAUCUCCAUCUGUCUGUCAGCAUUUGCCUGUAAAGCCACUGGCUGUUGUUGUUCUCCUCAGGUGCAGUUUGCUCAAGUUUUACCACCACAGCCAAGUAAUUUCCACGAUCUUAUCAGCUCAGAGAUCCCUGUGGCCAGCAGCGCUUCCAGUCAUCAUCAUCCUGCAGACGCUCCUCCACAAUACACUGAAUUCAAAUAAAUAUGAAUAAGUGGACAGUGUUGCCAUAUGAAACAAAAAUAUAUGGGAAUGUAUUGUAAAAUAUUAAAUAAUACAUUUCCAUAUAUGGGAAACCAGUUCUUAUAUUUUUCAAUAUACUGCAAUGGCUGUAUAUUGAUGCAUAUAAAAUAAUACUCUACCGAACUGCAAUACAUUUUUACAUGCUUUAUUGAAACACUUGACUGUGUUUGUAUACACACAAAAUGUACUACGUAUUAUCACAUGUAUAUCUAUAUGUUAUGAAGAAUAUUAUUGAAUGCAUACAUUACAAUGUAUAAGUAAAUAUACUGUUACAUGUUUUCAGUAUAUGAAAAGCAUAAAUUCUGUAUGUAUUAUUCAAUAUAUUAUUUAGUAUUUUUUCAGUAUAAAUGAAACAAUUUAUUGAUAGUAUACCACAUAUUUUCUUUGUGCAAGCGUUGUGGUCCUGCAGUUGUGUGUGAUGCUUUCAAGUAACACACUUGUUUUCCCACUGUCCAUUAUCUCUAAUGUUCAAUUUAAAAGAACAUAAUAUAAACUUGAGAGUAUAUGAAAAUAUUCAAAAUAAGAGUCUCUGGGCAUAAAAACACAGAAAACACGUGACACUUAUAACACUUACAAAAUAUACAGUUUAAAUGUAUUGUAUUGAUUGAAACAUCCAGAAUUGUAUUCAAUUAUACUCAAAUGCUUGUUUACACUACAUAAUAAUAAAGCAUUAUGAUUGUUAUAA